AUGUCCGCUCCUGGUCCUUCUGAUAAUGGUGGUUUCGCCGUCCCACCGCCGCCAGCCAAAAGACAGUGGAGACCGACUGCAUCGGUCCCGAGUACGACGGAAUUUUACGGUCAGAAACAUGGUAUAUCGCCAGACCUACAGGCCGCACUGCAGAAUGUCGGAAGAAGGGGUAGGCAAAAUGUUGCGAUGGGUCAUGCUACUCAUCGAGGAUUCGAAAGAACCCAGUCCGUCCCAUCACAUGUUCUGUCCAACUCUGCUCUUCCCAAUUCGGGCUUUACCACAGCUCUAGACGCAAUGUCGCAUGCCCACGGCAUCAUUAGCAAAGAAGCCAUUCGUUCAAAAGAGCUGCAGCCUUUCUCCUCAUAUGGAUCAGACGAAAAUAGAGAUGUAGAUGGUUUAUCGCUGUCGCCAAGAGGACAGAAUAGGAAGCUAAAAUUCGGUGAAAAUGGAGAAGUCAUCGAAGAGAAUGAGGGGCAGCUGUUUCCGUUCUCAUCGACAUCGAAGGAGGGAUCCAGCAAAACUUCACUCGCUGCGGCUAGGAAAAGGAGAUCUUCCCCUGCGGAACCAACCAGUGAUACUGAAACAGAGAUAGAUGAUGAGGAAGAAACAUAUACCCACCCCGUCCACACCAACCUCCCGAUCACCACCUCAGAUUUCCCACCGGUCUUCCAGUCACCUGCUUUGACUCAACCAGAAUUAUUCGACGCCACCAAAUCCACGUCUGCAUCUCAUUCUUAUGGAAACGGUCACUCGCGGGAACUUCGAGCGCUUCCUGGGGCAAGAAAGUCAGGAUUCGGAAAGGCAAUGUCAGCACCUGUCGGGAGACUGAACGGAUGGGGCAUGGACAUCGACAUGUCCUCUCACGGGGAGGCGACUUCUGCUGCCGCCGAGGAGGACGGAUUCGAUAUAAAGGAAUGGGCUGAAAGCGAGCAGUUUUAG